AUGUCGAAAAUGCAAUCGAAAGAGAAUCAAAUUAGAACACCAACUUCAACACAACAACAAGACAAUAGGUUUAAUCAACAAAAUAGUCAAAAGUCAAUUGUUAGACAAGAAGAUCGUUCAUCAGAUGAAGAUUUCGAUCUUUUAACAUAUUUAAAGGAAAAUCAAGAAAAUUUGAUGAACAAAUAUGGUUAUGGAAAAAGUUCGAAACGUCGCUGUCCUCGUUACUAUUUUAUUAAUGAAAAUAAAUCAAUAUUGAUUAUCUUACAAGGUGAUAUUACAAAAACGAAAGUCGAUGCUAUUGUCAAUGCUGCUAAUGAACAUAUGACAGGUGGUGGAGGAGUUGAUGGAAUUAUUCAUCGAGCUGCUGGAUCUGAACUUUAUACAGCAUGUCGAGCUCAUAAACAACUCUAUCAUGGUGUUCGUUUACCAACUGGUCAUUCUCGUAUUUUACUUAGCUAUAAUAUGUCAUCAACAACUUAUUAUAUUAUUAAUACUGCUGGUCCUAUCUACAAUCGAUACAGAGCAAAAGAAUGUGCCGAUGAAUUGCUUUCAUGUUACAAAACAGCACUUGCCUUAGCUAAUUUGUAUGAUCUUGAAUCAAUUGGUUUUACUGCUAUUAGUUGUGGUAUAUUUGGCUAUCCAGCAAAUCAAGGUGCUGAGAUUGCACUUCAAACAGUUAAUAAAGAAGCUGGUAUAGUACCUGUGAUUGUAUUUGUACUUUGGGACGAUGAUAUUUAUGAUGCAUGGGUACGAAAAGUGGAAGAAUUACAAUUCACUCCUUUUGACAUUGAAAAAAUAGAAACUGUAAAUUUAUUAAAAUCAUCGACUGCUAAUGACGAAACACAAACUAAGACAAAAACAAGUAGCAAUGAUGAUGAGCCACAAUCACCAACUAAAUUUAAUCCAGCCGUUAGAGAUUUUUCAACACAAGAUACAAAAGAAAAAACACCAGAAGAUGAUGUUACAACUUUACUUGACAGAUUACCGUCCGUUCCUCAUGAUAUGUCUGAUACUCAACAAACUGAUCUUAUGGAACAAGAUGAUAAUGCAACCAAUGAAGCACAUCCAUUAGAAACUCAACAAACUCAAGUUAUGACUAGUAUGAAUUCGGAUCAAGAACAAACGACAACAAAUAAUGAUUCUGAACAAAAAUCAAUGGAAGAAACAACUGGCGAACAUCACGAUGAACAAAAUAGAACGAAUAAUGAUCAGACUCAACCAGCAACAAUUCAGAAGGAUACUGACAAUCCUCAUGCUGAAACAGCAAAAACUGAAGCCGUUGAAGGUGACAAACAUCAUUCCUCGAUGACAGAUAACUCACAAAAUUAA